CUAUAAAUAUCUUCCUGGACCUUAACCAUCUGGUAGCACACAACUGAAAGACGGGUGCAUGGUUUUUACAUUCCAGUAAUUUAAAGGAAUAAAAAAAGCACUUAUUUCUACUAAUUUCUACAAGAAUCAGCAUGAACAAAAUCAAAAUAGCCAGACCAGAGGAGAGCCAGCCAGCAAAUGCCUUGUGGUUUGACAGAAAGAAAUACGUCACCAUCAACUUUUUGAUUCAAAAACCUAAAGACGUCCAAGUUGACAUCCAACCAGACAAAAUGAUUUUGUGCUGCAGAAAUGAAACGGAUGAUGUCUUCUACAACGAGCUGUACUUUUAUGACAAAGUCCAAAUCAAUGACUCCAGAGAAAGUGUUCAUGAGCGCACCAUUCACGUUUUGUUAAGGAAGAUGAAACCUGACUGUGCCUGGCCUCGUCUUCAGAAAGACUCAGCAAAGCCCGCCUGGAUUUCUGUAGACUUUGAUAACUGGAGGGAUUGGGAGCACGAAGAAGACGAGGGAAAGGAAGAGUACGACAGAUACAUGGACAUGAUCCAGGAUAUGGCCAGAAGUAACAAAGGAGAAGCACCAGACAUGGGUGACCUUAGUGAUUCUGACUGAUUUCUACAGUUUUUUACUAUCUGAGAUGGAGCAGACUUUGGAUUUAGACCUGUAAUGUUUGACCAUGCUAUUUCUUUUAAAAUAAGGUGGCUUCACACAUGUUUAUUUCUUGUAAUUGUGUAUUUCAAAGUAAACAUGAUCUCUGUGAAUGAUUACUUUUUUUUAUCUAGAUGUAUUUGGUAUCUUCGGUCAACAUCUAACAUCAGUGAUAAGGAGCUCAUCCUUUGGCUGAGAUUGGAUAAAUGGAUUAUUCCCAUUUACUCAGGAAGAUGGCAGUGGUAGCACAAUAAUCCAUGGAAUUAGAACUAAAAUGGGUGAUUUUCCUUCAAAUUAAAAACAGUCCAGUUCAUAGGUCACUUGUUUUUAAAUGUUAUAUGUUUUAUGUUAUAUUGUUAUAUUAUUAAAUAUGAUAUUGUUUAUUUAUGAGGAAAGAUUCUAUGAACUCCAUAUAUUUCCCAUGAGACAAGGUUAUUUAUUCAUGCUGUUGCUUUUGUUUUUGAUUUGUUUGAAAAAUAAAAUUCACAUAGAAAUUAUGAGAUGUAAGACAAAAAUUACAGUAGUUUACAACAGGUGCUGAUUUACACACACACACACACACACACACACACACACACACACACACACACACACACACACACACACACACACACACACACACACACACACACACACACACACACACGAGUUUUAACACUUAAAAUGAUCAUGAUCGUAGUUUUCUUGAAAUAUGAGCUUCAUAGAAACAAAAUCAGCAGUUUUUAUUAGAUUAGGCUAUUUAUAUGGUCUGCUACUUCAGUUAAACUGUUUUAAACUGUUUAUAAAAAAUAAUGUAUUUAGUUUGGAUGUGUUUUACUUGACCUGCUUUGCAUAUGAAAAAUAAAACAAAUAUUGAAAAUUUUAA